AUGGGGAAAAUCACUUUGUACGAAGAAAGGAAUUUUCUGGGCCGUCGCUAUGAAUGUGACAGCAAUUGCCCAGAUUUCCACACUUCACUUGCCCGCUGCAAUUCCAGCAAAGUUGAGAGCGGGGCCUGGGCAUUGUAUGAGAAGCCCAACUUUGCAGGUUACGUGUACAUCCUCACGAAGGGCGAAUACGCUGACUACAGGCGCUGGAUGGGAUUUAAUGACCACGUUGCUUCGUGUCGCUUGAUCAAUCAGGUAAAUUCAGCAAGUUACAAGAUACAAAUCGUUAACAAGGGUGAAUAUGAAAGUCAAACAAUUGAGUUUACAGAGGACUGUCCAUCCGUCUUUGAACAAUUCCACAUUCAGCACAUCGACUCCUGCAAUGUCCUGGAUGGUGCCUGGGUUUUCUAUGAACAAGCCAAUUACCGUGGAAGGCAGUACCUCCUGGAGAAGGGAGAGUACAAGAAAGCUGCAGACUGGGGAGCAACUUCUUCAACAGUGGAGUCGUUCCGUCGUAUCAUUGAAUAG